AUGAGAUACUCUCUUGUUGCAUCUGCUGGCAUCCUGGGCUGCGCCCUUGCCCUUCCUGCUCCUCAGUUCUCUCCUUUCCCCGGUUCCGGCGGCAGCGAGGGUGGUGAGGGCGGCGAUGCCCCUACGCCUACCGGUGCCGUUCCAUCUGGCUUCCCUGGUGGUGACUUCGGUGGCUUCCCGGUGCCUUCUGGCGGUGCCACUCCCAGCGGCUUCCCCGGCUUCCCCGGCUUCCCUGGCGGUUCCAACGGACAGGGUCCUUUUCCGUCUGGCUUCCCCAGCUUCCCGGGCUUCCCUGGUGGUGCCUCUCCCUCUGGCUUCCCCGGCCUUGGCGGCGAUGCCCCCUCUCCUUCUGGCAUCCCCAGCUUCGGCGGUGACGCUCCCUCCGCUUCUGGCUUCCCCGGCUUUGGCGGCGAGUCUGGCGAGUCGGGUGAGGCCCCUGCUCCUACGGGCACCUCGACCAUCAACGUUAAGCGCCAGUUUGGCAGCCUCGGCGGUGACUCUGCUUUACCCUCCGGAAUUCCCACUCUCGGUGGCUCCAGCGACAGCUCCAGCAGCGGCGGCUGGUUUGACUUCCUGAGCGGCCUCUUCGGCGGCGGCUCCGACUCGAGCUCCGGCUCCGGCUCUGACUCUGGCUUUGGCAGCCUCCCCAGCGGCAUGCCCAGCGGCUUUCCCACCCCCACUGGCGGCUCGCCUUUCCCCAGCGGUUUCCCUGAGCCCAGCCAGGGCGCUCCCGGCCCCAGCGGCUUCCCCAGUGGUGCUCCUUCGCCCAGCGGCUCCCCCUUCAAGGCGUAA